ACCAAUCAGAGUCGUGCAGGGCGGGUACAGGCCAAGGCUAGAGCCUGCUGUUGCUCCAGCAACAACCGAGGAACCCAAGGCGAGUGCGGCAGCGGAGGUACGGCUCUUCAGAUCUUUCGCUGCAGGGGCAUGGCUGAGGUGCACGUGAUCGGGCAGAUUAUGGGGGCCACCGGUUUCUCUGAAAGUAGCCUCUUCUGCAAGUGGGGCAUCCACACAGGGGCAGCAUGGAAGCUUCUGUCAGGUGUGCGUGAAGGCCAAACACAGGUGGACACCCCCCAGGUAGGGGACAUGGCCUACUGGUCCCACCCCAUUGAUCUGCACUUUGCCACCAAAGGUCUUCAAGGCUGGCCCCGGUUCCAUCUCCAGGUGUGGUCCCAAGAUGGCUUUGGCCGUAGUCAGCUUGAAGGCUAUGGAUUUUGCCAUGUGCCCAGCAGCCCUGGCAUCCACCAGCUGACCUGCCCCACAUGGCGGCCCCUAGGCAGUUGGCGGGAGCAGCUGGCACGGGCCUUUGUGGGUGGUGGGCCACAGCUGUUGCAUGGGGAUACCAUCUACAGUGGGGCUGACCGUUACCGCCUGCAUACAGCUGCUGGUGGCACCGUGCACCUUGAGAUCGGCCUUUUGGUGCGCCACUUCGACCGCUAUGGUGUUGAAUGCUAAUGGCCCCUGCCUCCAAUGGCUGCCCCCUCCACACACACCUUUAGACAUCCAGUGAGGGGCAGGCUGGCACAGUGGUCAAGAGACUGUCAGACGUGACCCUAGCCAAGGCAUGACAUUGCUCCUGUUCUUAUUAGAACCUUGAACCAGUAACUAGCUGUCCCUCUGGGCCCGUUUUCCCUAUCUGUAAAAUGGAGCCAGUAAAUAUGUGGAGUCACAGGUGGGUGGGGGAGAAGAGGCUGCUUAGCACAUGAGAGGUUCUCAAUAAAGGAGAGCAAUUCUUACAAGUGCCUGCCU